AUACCUACCCUUUCCUCGAACACAUCGAUCCAAUAUCACCAUCUUCAAAAAUCAAAUUCUUCUCCUCUCUUCUCCCCUCUACAGCCAUGCAAGCUCAAGCUCUUCUUCAAUCAACCCCACUUCGGGUUUCCCCACUCGAUCCGUUUCACAAUCGUUCCUUACCCAUCAAUGUCAAAUCACCUUCACUCGCCACACGCCGCCGUGCAGUAAUUUCCGCCGUCGCCGCCGCCCCCAAACGCGAGAAGGAUCCCAAGAAGCGUGUCGUCAUUACGGGUAUGGGUUUGGUAUCCGUGUUCGGAAACGAUGUCGAUACUUACUACGAGAAGCUGUUGGCAGGGGAGAGUGGAAUCGGGUUGAUAGACCGGUUCGAUGCAUCAAAGUUUCCCACGAGGUUUGGUGGUCAGAUUCGUGGGUUUAAGGCUGAUGGGUAUAUUGAUGGGAAGAAUGACCGAAGGCUUGAUGAUUGUCUUCGCUAUUGCAUUGUUGCUGGCAAAAAAGCUCUUGAAGAUGCCGAUCUUGGUGGCGAUAAACGCUCCAAGAUUGAUAAGGAACGUGCUGGUGUGCUUGUUGGAACGGGGAUGGGAGGUCUUACAGUAUUUUCUGAUGGAGUGCAGUCUCUCAUAGAGAGAGGUUACAGAAAAAUCACACCAUUUUUCAUUCCUUACGCAAUAACAAACAUGGGUUCUGCUUUGCUUGCUAUUGAUCUGGGAUUUAUGGGACCAAACUACUCGAUUUCAACUGCUUGUGCUACCUCCAAUUACUGCUUUCAUGCUGCCGCGAAUCAUAUCCGCCGAGGGGAAGCGGAUAUGAUGAUUGCUGGUGGCACCGAAGCAGCCAUUAUUCCCAUUGGUUUGGGAGGUUUUGUUGCGUGUAGAGCAUUGUCUCAAAGAAAUGAUGAUCCACAGACCGCUUCGAGGCCAUGGGACCAAGAUAGAGAUGGCUUCGUCAUGGGCGAAGGCGCUGGUGUUUUGGUGAUGGAGAGUUUGGAACAUGCAAUGAAAAGAGAUGCACCAAUACUUGCUGAAUAUCUGGGAGGUGCAAUAAAUUGCGAUGCUUAUCAUAUGACUGACCCACGCUCAGAUGGGCUCGGUGUUUCUUCUUGUAUUCAGAGCAGCCUGGAGGAUGCUGGUGUGUCGGCAGAGGAGGUUAACUACAUCAAUGCACAUGCAACUUCGACAUUGGUUGGUGAUCUGGCUGAGGUAAAUGCUGUAAAGAAGGUAUUUAAGAACACCACAGGGAUCAAGAUGAAUGCAACCAAGUCUAUGAUAGGACACUGCUUAGGUGCGGCCGGAGGUCUAGAAGCCAUUGCUACGGUUAAAGCCAUUCAAACGGGGUGGCUUCAUCCCUCCAUAAAUCAAUUUAACCCAGAACCUGCAAUGGAAUUCGACACUGUUGCAAAUGUAAAGCAGCAACAUGAAAUCAACGUUGCGAUUUCGAAUUCGUUUGGUUUCGGGGGACACAACUCAGUUGUAGCAUUCUCUGCUUUCAAGCCUUGAGAUGAGAGGGUGGUGGUUUUUGAUGAUGAGUGGAUUUUAGGGUUUAUAAGAACUGUUGUUUAAUGGUUAUUUCUUUGUAUGAAGAUGGCCAAGUUAGACAAUUGUUAGAAUGAGUGCAUUUUGUGAUUUAGAGGCUCAAAAACUCAUCACCAUACUUUGUACUUCUUUCCUUUUCAUAUCUAUUUUCUCUCUCUCUC